UCGCGUUGCUCAUGCUGUCUGGCACUGCCUGAGAAGAAUAAUGGCCGCCCUGGUAGCGAUGCCAGGAAUAGGGAAGAACACAAUAAACAUAUCGGGGUAUUAUAGCUGACCGAGAAUUAACGAUAGACUCGGGCACUCCCUCUCCUACCCGCUUUCCGAACGGAUGGGUAGAGGGGGUAUUGCCAAGAUAUACAAGACACGGAAGAGAUUUUGGUUAGGUGGCUAGUGGGAAAGAAAGCUAGACCAAUACACUAGCAUUAGCUUUUUUUAGCGUAGCUAGCUAGCAAAUCAACACUGUGCUAAUUUGACACUGCUGCUGGGAAGGUAAGCCUGAUCAACCCUGUCAAGUGUGGGUUUGAAAACAUACUCUCAUGCAAGACUGGAGUGUGUGAUCGUCACUCUAACAAUAGCUAAUAUGAGUGGACCUGGACAGGACAAUGAGCCGGAGGCGAAGGUCCUUCUCAUCAAGAGGCUGUACAGGGCUGUGGUAGAGUCUGUGCACAAGCUGGAUGUGAUCAUUGGCAGCAAAGCAUCCCACAGAGAGGUUUUCAAACCUGAGAACAUCAGCCUUCGAAACAAGUUGCGGGAACUGUGUGUGAAGCUGAUGUUCCUCCACCCUGUAGACUACGGCCGCAAGGCAGAGGAGCUUCUCUGGAGAAAGGUCUACUAUGAGGUCAUUCAGGUCAUCAAGACUAACAAGAAGCACAUUCACAGCCGCAGUGCCCUGGAGUGUGCCUACAGGACUCACCUGAUAGCAGGAGUGGGAUUCUACCAGCACUUGCUGCUCUACAUUCAGUCUCAUUACCAGCUGGAGCUGCAGGACUGCAUCGACUGGACUCACGUCACCGACCCUCUCAUUGGCCGAAAGCAACCUGUGUCUGCCAGCCCCAAGGAGAUGGAGUGGGCCCAGAUGGCUUGUCAUCGCUGUCUGGUGUAUCUGGGAGAUCUAGCACGCUAUCAGAAUGAGUUGGCCGGGGUGGAGUCUGAGCAGCUGGCUGAGCGCUUCUACCACCAGGCCCUGUCUGUCACGCCGCACGGCGGAAUGCCUUUCAAUCAGUUGGGUACAUUAGCAGGCAGUAAGUUCUUCAACGUGGAGGCCACCUACUACUACCUUCGCUGUAUCCAGUCAGAAAGUCCUUUUGAAGGUGCCUAUGGAAACUUAAAGCGUCUCUUUGACAAGGCUGCCAAGAUGUACCAUCAGGUGAAGAAGCAGGAGAUGAAGAAGCUGUCACCGUCUCGCCAAAGGUCCAAAGACAUCAAGCGACUCCUGGUGAGCUUCAUGUACCUUCAGAGUCUACUGCAACCCAAGAACAGCCUGAUGGAGACGGAGCUGACGUCACUGUGCCAGUCGGUGCUGGAGGACUUCAACCUGGUGCUGUUCUACCUGCCCCCACCCGCCCAGCCCCACGCCCACGCCGGCCACUCCCCCAGCGAGGAGGAGGAGGAGCCUCAGCUGCAGCACGACUCGGCCUGCGCCCUCCUGCCCGACGCCCUGGUCUUCAAGAUGGUGGUCACCUGUCUCAUGGUGGUGCACAGUCUCAAAAGGGGAGGGUCGAAGCAGUACAGUGCGUCCAUAGCUUUCACCCUGGCUCUCUUCUCCCACCUGGUCAACCACGUCAACAUCCGGCUCCAAGCCGAGCUGGAGGAGGGCGACGGCCAAGUGCCUGCACUGCAGACAGACAACACUGAUGACGCUGAGAUGAGAGACCUGUCCGAGCCCCUGACCCCUGCGGAGAAGCCUCUGCAGAACGGCUCUCUGGAGCAGGAGGACGAGGAGGACGCGCAGGGGAGGGCUCGUCCCAGGAGCGGGCCUGCCGCCGGCGAGCAGAAGAAGUCCGAGGAGGAGAAGCAGAAACAGAAGAAGAAGUACACCCGCCUCUCGCGCCUCCGCCGCCGCCGCGCCGCUCGGAAGGAGGACGAGAGCGACCUCAGCGAGGGUUUCGAGAGCGACGAGGAGGAAGACGAGGAGGAGGAGGAGCCGAGGCCGGGCCACGGUGACGCGGGCACCCCUCCGCCCGAGGCCUCCGCCCCGAACAAGGAGAGCAAGAGGGAGCCCCUGCCCAAGCAGGGGAGCUGGGAGAGCGGCUCCGAGGAGGAGGAGGGGGGCACGGCGUUCGACGUGGAGACGGAUUCGGACAUGAACAGCCAGGAGUCCCGCUCCGACCUGGAGGACAUGGAGGACAACCCCGACGGCACGGAGAACCUGGAUGGGCCCCGAGAGGCGCAGGACGCCAAGGACCGGACGAGCCCCCCCCGCGGGGACGGGGACAGCCCUCCGGCCACCAACGGGCCCCUGCUGCCCUGCAGCGACCCCAGCAUCAGCAGCAACCUCCAGGCCAUGUCCUCGCAGCUCUUCCAGGCCAAGCGCUGUUUCCGCCUGGCGCCCACCUUCAGCAACAUGCUCGUCCGCCCUCAAGGCUCCACCUCGGCGAACGCCGCCCCGGCCCCCGCCGACCCCAACCACUCUGCUAGCCCCUCCCUGGAGACCCCACCUCCCCCCGGAGACUCUCCCUGCGACGCUGGCCCUGGGACUGCCAACGGAACCAACGACAACGACUUGGAUUCGGAUUCAGAAGGCAGCCAGCACAGCACCCAAUCAGUGCCUACUGAGAAGACCCUAUCCGAAAGACUAGAGAUUCUGACAAAUCAGGGCCUCAUCCAGGUGGUGAAGGUGUUUGUGGAUUGGCUGAGGACAAACACAGAUAUUAUACUCAUGUGUGCACAGAGUUCUCAAAGCCUAUGGAACAGACUGUCAGUGUUACUCAACCUUCUACCAGAUGGGAGCAAGAUGCUGGAAGCAGAGCUGGGUCUGAGCGCGGAGGUGAAGGAGCUGCUUGGUGAGUGUGAGCAGUCUGGCCUGGUGCAGAGCGUGCUGCUGCCUGAGGACCUGGCUCUGCGCCACCUGCCCGCCCUCAGCCUGGCACACCGCCGCCUCGACUUCCAGCGCCAGAGACCCUCGCUCAGCCCCGUACAAGAGUGUGUCGUGCGCGUGUGCUGUAUCCGUAGUUUUGGCCACUUCCUCACCAGUCUCCAGGGCAACGUGCUUCACUUUAACCCAGAGUUGGGCAUCUUUACCAGCAUCAGCCAAUCAGAGCAGGACAACCUGGUACAACAGGCCAAGGCCCAGUUCCGCAUGGCGGAGGAGGAAGCCCGCCGAAAUCGCCUGAUGAGAGACAUGGCACAGCUUCGACUGCAGUUGGAGGUGUCCCAGCUAGAGGGCAGUCUGCAGCAGCCUAAGGCCCAGUCCUCCAUGUCCCCCUACCUGGUGCCUGACUCUGCUGCCCUGAGCCAGCACCUCAACCUCAUCAGGCAGCUGGCCAGCAGCGGGUGCUUCAUCAUCAUCAUCCCACGCACAGUGAUUGACGGCCUGGACGUGCUGAAGAAGGAGAAUCCUGGUGCAAGGGACGGGAUCCGCUUUCUGGAGGCGGAGUUUCGCAAGGGCAACCGGUACAUUCGCUGUCAGAAGGAGUCCGGGCGGAGUUUCGAGAGAGACAAACUGAAACGGCAGGACAUGGAGGCCUGGCAUCUCUAUAAGAUGGUGGACAGCUGUCGCCAGCUGACCGUUUCCCAGAGUAACGGAGAGGAGGACACUGCUGGCAUGGUGACCAUCCUCACAGGUCACCCCGUGGAGGAGCUGAGUUCCAGAUCUGUGCCUAUGAAGUCUGCCAUCCAAGCAGUGGCCUCAGCAGGUAUGGAGCUGAAGAACAUUGUGGAGUUCUACCGGCAGUGGAAGGAGAUCGGCUGAGAGAGUUCGAGGGGCUCGGUCGGCAUGGCGGACGACUGA